CAGUGUGGGUCACUGUGUCGGAGACUGCGGUCUUUAUCUGUGCUUUGUGAAACCAUCAGUCAAGUCCAGGAGGAAAAACGGAAGAUGGAGGGUGAAAUAAAGACCCCGAAAAAGGAGCUUGAGUGCACAAAACAGAUGAUCAACUCUGAGAGGGAGAAGAAUGAAUUGAGAAUUCAGAACCUAAUACAGACAUGUCUAACACUGAAAUCAAAUAUCAGUGAAAACAUCGCUCAGAAGAAAGAGUGGGAGGAGAAUACUGAAAUCAUUAAACAGCUUCAGGAGGUGAAAGAAAUGGCAAAGAAGCUUGAGAUUCUGUUGGAGUGCAAACAUUGGGAGGUGAAGUGUAGUGAGGAUUCGAAGGUGUACAAUGUGCUCAAGGAUGAGUUGGAACUUUUGACGUCUCUUACGACAACGAUUGACAACGAAAAUGUGGAGAUCAUCAUCACUGAAUCUGAGCUGAUUGCAAUCAUUCAGAAUGUGAUGCAGAAAUUUCUUACACUGAAAUCAAAAAUCAAUGAAAUCAUCGCUCAGAAGAAAGAGGUAAGUUUGGAGAUUCGAACUGAAGUCAAGAAUCAGUUCCGGCAGGUGAAAGAUAAAGUAGAUGAGUUGGAGUCCAACAAUCAAAAUCUGCAGAUAAUCCAAUUUGAGAGGGAUCAAAUCAUUCAGCAACUGACAAAUGGAUGUGUUAACCUGGAAAGAAAGCUUCAAAAUUUUCACAACUCGAAGAAGAUGAGGAGUCCGGAGAAUAAAUGUGAAUUAAAGAGUCAGCUCCUGAAGUUGAAAGAAAUGGCAGAGAAGCUGAAGAAUCUCUUGGAGAACCAAAGUCAGAAUACUGAAAUCAGACAGCAAACAGGCAAACAGCUCCAAGAGGUGAAAGACGCAGCAGAGAAUCUAAAGAGGCAGCUGGAGUCAAAAAAUCAGGAGAUACUUCAGACUGAGAAGAUGAGGAAUAAUGAAACUGAGAAAGAACUCCAAGAGUUGGUAAACCAGCUCGGGGAAAAGGAAACUGAGAAAAAUCUCAAUGAGGUUUCCCAGAGCAGCCGUGGAACUUGGCGCUGCGCCAUUCUAUAAGGGGAGCGUAUAUUUUCAGAGUCCCUAGGAGUGCUUGAGGUCAAAGCACUCCAUCAUGGAGAAACAUGAUAUCUGUUAUGUCACUGAUUUAUGUUUAAAUAGUCAGUUGUUCAACUUGUAACACUUUAUUCAGUCGAGAAUCAGUUAAAUGAAGUAAGGAAAAGCUCUUGUCAUCUAUCUAAAAUUCCCAAAUCCUAAAGUUGGUUUAGUCUUAGAAAAAUGUAUUAACCUUUAUAAACUAAAAAUAUGUUUAAA